AUGUUGGUGUCAUGUUGUCAAGCAUUAUCGGCAUCACCAAGUACCGGUGGUAUAACAGAUGGUAUAAUGACGUUCGUUUAUGACAGUACCGAAUGCCGUACAACUGUAAUUGCUACUUGCGCAGCUCCGACCACAACACCGUCAUCAGGACUGGUGGCUACAAUGAUCGCCAAUGGUGUGACUAUAUUGGCUUCAAAUACAGAUCGCGUGUCGGUCACCGGACAGUGUAACGCUAAUAGAGUUUGGGUGUUGGGUACUCCAGGACUGCAAAUCCAAACAUUAUCCUGUGGUCUUAGUCAACCAACAACCACUACCACUACCACCACACAGGCAGCUCGAUUCUGA